CGCCCAUUCCCAGUGCGAAAAAUCGGUAUCGCCGAAAACGCCGUGUUGGCCGCUCUCAGCUUCCUCUCUGGUAGUAUGCAGCUUAUGUAUAAUAAUGGCCAUAGCAGAAUAAUGUGAAUUUACCAUUGGAACUUUUUGCAUGGCUUUAUUAUAUUAAAAUGCCUCUCAUAGUGAUAACGGGUAAUCCGUGUAGCGGAAAAACAACAAGGAGCCUCGAAAUAAAAGACUACUUUGAGAAGAAAUUAAAGGCCACUGGACAAAGUAUAGAAAUAAUUAGCGAAUCUGAUGCAAUAGUCACAGCUGGUUAUGAUAAAAAUGUGUUCUACGCUGAUUCAAAAAAGGAGAAGACUGUCAGAAGCGCCAUGAAGUCAGAUAUUCAACGUAAACUUGACAUACAUAAUCUACUAAUAUUUGAUGGUAGCAAUUACAUCAAAGGAUACCGAUAUGAGAUAUACUGCAUGACAAAAUUGUAUAAGACUCCUCAAUGCACCAUUUAUUGUGAUAUACCAAUUGAACAUGCUUGGAUGUUAAAUGACAAACGAAUAGAAUCUGACCGAUACAGCAGAGGAAUUUUUGAUGCACUUGUUGCAAGAUACGAAGCACCAGAUGGUAAAAAUCGAUGGGAUGCUCCACUCUUUGCUAUUACACCGGAAGACGAAUUGAUAGGCGACGAUAUUUACAAGUCGCUCUACAAAGUGAAAGCGCCGAAACCAAAUCUCAGUACCCAAUGUCCACCAUUAGCAUCUACGAAUUAUCUGUAUGAAUUGGAUGCAAUAACACAAGAUGUAAUAAACGCGAUAUUGUCAGCGAAACAAUUGGGAAUCGACAACGAUAUAAAGAUACCGGGUUGUAAUGUGAUAGUGCGUAAUUCUUCCACACCUGCGCAUCUCUUAAGAUUACGCAGACAGUUUUUAACCUAUAGUAAAAUGCAACAGAGCGGCAUUGAUCAGAUCGCUGCGCUAUUCGUACAAUAUCUUAAUAAAAACUUAUAGCAAGGUGGAAAAUGUA